ACUUUCAGCCUCCUCAUUUGUCCGUACACCGAUCACCUUUCAGACCACCAGUUCUUUCGAUGGCCUCUAUUUUCACUCUGUUUGCUUGAUUCAUGUUUCAUCUUAUUUGUCUGUUAAACGUUUGUUCUUCCACUCACCAUCUUCAAUUAGUGUUUCCUCAUCUCACCACAUGGUUUUUAAACACCAUCAUCGAUUAUUCAUAUCGUCCUUUACCCGAAGUCAAUGGUAUUCUCCGAUGUUCUCUUAUUCCAUCAAGGCUGAGGUAAAACCGAAGGAUCUCAAACCACGUCUGCCUUUGUUUCAUGAUUCCGGUAUAUCCCCUGCAUCUUCGUUGUUUUAUCGUGAUUUUCUUGAACGGUUAUGUAAUUGGAUUUGCUUAUUGUUUUUUCAUGUAUGCACUCGUCAUUCUGACUAUUUACAUGUAUAGUUGCAUAUGAUUUGGAAAAAUAUUGCAUGUUUAAACAGAUUUAUAUUGUAGACUAAAUCUGUAUUUUGUUUCCACAAAAUACCUCUUUAACAGAUUCCUUUUACAUGUCUAAACCUAAACUACUCAAAUUUAUAUUUUUGCGUAUGGAAAUUUAAAUCUACUCAAAUUUAUAAAUAAUAUGCAUGUUUGGAUAUGAUGUAUACCUAUUUGUAUUUUUAAAUGCCAGCAAUUGUGAAAUUCUAUAUUUAACCUAGCUUCUAUCUAUUUUGUGAUACAUGCCGUUUUCGUUCAGACCCCAUAUAAAACAUGUAUUUUGAGUACACCUAUAGAUACUUUUAAAUUGAUUAAAAUAGUCUGUGAGAUCUGAUUUGUAUAACUAUUAGAAAAGUUUUUGCUUAAAAUAAUAUUAGCUGGAAAUGAUAUUUACAUUUCUAGAUUAGAGCAAUAGCUUGUAAAUUGAAGUGCCUAAACUACUUAAAGCAUAAUACUAAAGCUUUUGUUUUAAAAAAUGUAUGAAACCUUGUAUUUUAUUGAACUCCUGUGAGUCUAACACCAAGUGAGUCUCCUCAUAAUACUUUACAAAAGAUUUCUAGUUCUUUUUGGGUUUUCAAGUUCUUAGUGACAUUGUUCUGAAGUCCAUCUUCAUUUAGCUUUUAAAACAUCAAUGAGCAUACAAUGUUAAAAGUGUCAUUGUAUAUGUAUUACUGUAGAGUAUCAUUGUAUAUGUAUUACUGUAAAGUGUCUUUAAAGAACUGAUUACCUAUACUUCAAGCUAUUAACGAUACAACUAACAUUCAAAAAAAUCCUUUUUUUUUGUUAAAAUCUUAAACACAAUAAUAGAAAAGGCUUUCUAAAUCCACUUCUUUAUAAAAUAGUUGUGGGAUUGUAAUGGCUGUAUCAUCAAACCUAUAUCGUUACCCAUUUUGUGACCAAGAAUUAAUUUACUUGCAUGUGGUUUGAGUAUAAAAAUUGUUUCAUUAUCAAACACACUAAAACCUUUGUGAGCCUCAUAUGGAUUCUUGCAUAUGAUUCUGGCCCCUAACCAUAAGGCCGCCGGAUUCCCUGCCAGCCCCCUUAAUGGUCUUGAUAACAGAGCGGCCUCGGAGACCCCGGUGUGCAUAAGCCCAAUUUAUGAUGCUACAUGACUGAACACAUUUAUACAUGGUAAUUUAUCAUUCUGUACAUUGUUAUGAAGUAUACUUUUAUUUUUCUUUCGGUAAAAUUAAUAUAUAUGUAUAUGUGUGUGUGUUAAUUAUUUAUAUUUGUUUAUGAUUUAUAUAAAACUCAAUCAGGCCUGCUUAAUAGCCCUGGUAAAUAAAACAAUAUUUACCACGUCUUCUUUGUCACAGCCAACAUAAAUAUGCACAAUGUCAUGGGGUGUCUUAUUUAAAAAUCAAAACAUUGAUUAUUUCAAUAACAUGAGAUAGCCAAAACACUUCAAAAUCUUUCUUUGUUUACUAUUUUUAAACUCACAUGUGUUCCUCUAAUAGAGGUCAGGUGGAUGACUUGUCUUCACAACAUCAACUCCAUGUUCUUAUUUUUUGCUUGUACAAACCCAAUUGCAUCAUCUUGAUUGUAGAAUGAAUCCUCCCUCCUUGUCAUUUACAAUGAAUGUUAACCAUUGGUAAACCCAACGUUAAUGUAACUUGAAUUGAAUUUGCUUUUAUUUUCUAGAAAGCAUCAAGGAGCAUAUAUAAUACCUCUUGUCAUGGAAAACAACUGCUAGAGUUUACCCAUCAUUGGAAAGAGCCAGAACUUCAAAUCCCCUCAUGACCUUCAGUCUCAAAGCCUAGUUCAGUUUAGUGUGAUCUAUAUCGUGUAAAAUGUUUUACUUCGGUAGCAUUGCAUUUCAAGUACUUAUUUAACAAACUUUAAGCAUACCACAAUGAUUUGAAGCAUACCUCUUAACCUCUCACCUAGAAGUUUUAUAAACUAAUGUUAUAACACUACCAUUUGUGGUGUGUCUAGAAAACCCUCCACUUGGAUAUUUAGUGGCUGGUGAGAGAAUAGUUUGAGGCAAUUGGGUAUUAUCCAAGGGAUAAAUACCCACUCGAUCUUUAUAUCGGGAUGUUGGCAUACAGAAGUUUAAUUGUAAUGUAAAGAUAGUACAGUGCAUUCAAUGUUUGGGUGGCACAAGAAUUGCAUUUGGGAUUUUUUUGUAGCCUCUAAGAUUUGAAGUACAACUUACUUCCUUUUUUUAAUAAUCACAAAAUCAUAUUUUCGAAAAGCUGUGGAGAGGUACGAAAAUCUUCUACAUCAUAGUACAAUUCAUUAAAUGUUUUUGUGGCUCAAGGCUGCAUGGAGACUUUCUUUGUGAUCUCCUGAUUGAAAAGUACAAAUUAGGAUAUAUUUUAAUUCAUAAAAGCAGCAAUGGAUACCGGGCCAGCUUUAAAGCUGUCAGUGGGUUGCUACAGACUUGUUUCUGCACCCAUGGAUAAUCCGACCUGACUCGUUACUGUACAGUGUUUGGGCAGGAACACUGUAUAGUUUUUCUCUUGGCUAUGUAUAAUAGAAGAUAAUUGGAAUAAUAAAUUCUUAUCUAAAGCGGGAAAGGAGGUGCUUUUAAAAGCAGUGAUUCAGGCUAUGCCUACGUACUCUAUGAAUGUUUUUCUUUUGCUUGUUGACCUGUGCCGGAAAAUAGAAAACAUUAUGAAUGGGUAUUGGUGGAAGGGCAAAGCAGGAAAAGGGAUACUUUGGAAGGAUUGGGCCUCUCUUUGUGUGCCAAAAACGGCAGGUGGUCUGUGUUUUAAAAGGCUCCGAGAUUUUAAUUUAGCUAUGUUGUCAAAGCAAGCUUGGAAAAUCUUUACGAACCUCGAGUCGUUGGUGGGCCGAGUGUUUAAAGCGAGAUAUUUUCCAAAAGGAGAUUUUCUCAAAGCAAAACUAGCGAAUAGCCCUUCUUUUAUCUGGCGCAGUCUUAUUCAUACUCAGAAUAUUAUCGGGGAAGGCUACUACUGGAGAGUGGGAGAUGGACAUUCUAUAAAUAUUAUUUGGGAGGAGCUGUGGUUGCUGGAUAGGGGAAAUUCGAGAGUCAUAACGGAGAAGCUUGAAGGGUUAGAUCAUAUUUUGGUGGCUAACUUAUUUGUCACCAAUCAACGGGAGUGGGAUUUGGAUGUUGUUGCUGACAUUUUUGGGGCCAGAGAUGCGGCUAUUAUCCGAGGUAUACCUGAGUAAGGGCCCAACAAGGGACUCUUUGUGUUGGAGAUGGGAGGAGAAUGACAUAUUUUCAGUGCGGAGUUGCUACCGAAACUUGAUGGGGGAGUGUGGUGGGCAAUCGGGAUUCGAAUGGACUGACAUGUGGAAGGUCAAACUUCCACCUAAAAUUAAAAUGUUUUUUGGCAGGUUUGUAGCGGUUGUCUUCCUUUGAGGCAAAAUUUGCAGGUUCAAAGAGUGGACUGUCCGGGGCAGUGCGGGCCUUAUAACGAAGCUUUGGAAUCUGCGGAGCAUAUUUUCCAGCGGUGUGCUAUGGCUCUUGAUUUGUGGAUGGAGCUUUGCUGGCAAUGGAGUUCCGGGGAUGGCAGCCCUUUUACUGAGCAGGUUAAUGGGGAAUUCCGGCAGAAGAGACAAGAAGACUUAGAGCUACUAAUGUGGGGCUGCUGGGCUCUUUGGAAUGAACGCAACUUGCGAGUCUGGGAGGGGAAGAGAUCUUCGUUGCAGCAGGUUACCAGAAGGGCAAGAUCUUCGGUUGAUGGGUGGAAGAAGGCGCAAGGAAGAGCUGCUGAAGGAAGAAGACAACAUGCUGGAGCAAGGAGCAGAGUCGUUUGGUGUAGACCUGGGCCGGGCGUCUGGAAAUUAAACGUCGACGCGGCUACUGGGGUGCAUAAUGGCGGGAUAGGUUAGUGCCUUCGGGACGAGAAAGGUGACUUCAUUGCAGGAGCGGCCAGAAAGUGGCCAGGGAGGUUGACACCGCUGAUGGUAGAGAUGGUCGGCAUACGUGAGGCUUUGAGCUGACUUAAAGACUUUGGGGGCUCAAUGAUCGAGGUUGAAUCAGACUCAGCAGGAGUGAUAUCAGAAAUCUUGAAUGGUUCGAGCUGUUCUGCUAUGGGUUUACUGAGAGAAGACAUCAGUGAUUUGAUGAAUUUUUAUUCGAGCAUUUAUUUUAGUCAUGUUAAGCGGUCAGCGAACAAGCCUGCUCAUUUCUUUGUCUGAUUCGCAAUUUUGGGUUAAUCCAUUUCUUUCAAAAAAAAAGAAUUAAGAGAACAUCAAUUUAACGCCCUCUCAUUUGAUUAAUGGUAAUACUGUACACAAUCUUGUACUAAUCCUCUUAUCAUGUUGAUAUUUUACCAUGAAACUUCGAGUAUUAACAUGCAUGGUAUCAAAGUCAGAUUCAAUUGUGAUUUGAUUGUUAUUUAG